AUGGCAGAAUAUUUAUUUAAUCAGUUAACAGUUUUCGCUUUUAUAACACUGACCUUUGAAGUUGAAAACAAAGAAAGUUUGAUUGUUCGUCUUAUAGAAUUAAUUUUAACUUUCAAGAUGCUUUAUACAACAUCAUUAAUGAAAGUGAUUCCACAGUCUCCUAGAAAUUUGGAAUCAGAUAAAUUCAUAUUUUCCUCAACACCGGAAAUCCCAUAUGAAACAAAUCGAAGUCAUGAUUUUUUCGGUUUAUUGAAAAGGCGUCGAACACAUGAGAAAAGUAUUUGUUCACGUCAUCCACUGUAUCAUCACGCUCCACAUUGUCAACAUCAACAACAGCAUCAACGUUAUCAUAUUCGUCUACGUAAAGAAUGCCCAUAUCUUCACAAAACUCAUAAACCUAGCACAUCAAAAUCUCAAUCAGCAAUUCAUAAAUCAAUUAGUAAGCAACUUUCUUUACCAGUUGAAUAUAUAGAUGAAGAAAAAUCAAUUUAUUCUUCUAAUGGAUUAUUACGAACUAAUUCUAAUUUGGAUGGUGAUAUGGAGUUUGGAUUAAAUAUACAUGAUGAUGAUUCACAUUCAUAUGUAAGUAUACAUGACUUCAAUAAAACAACUGAGAGACCGAAAUCCUGUCUAUCACAUAGUUCUUCUGCCUCUUUAAAUGCUUGUAUAAGAUGCCUAAACGAGAACCAAAUAGUAGCAUCGCAAACAAAAGAUGUUGAUCAAGUAAAUGACAAUUCAGAACCACAAUGUUCGCCUAGUUCCAUUACAUCAAAUAUAUCAAAGUUGAAAUAUUUUGAUGAUACAGAUACAAGUAAUUUAUUUGAUGAAGUACAUAAAGAUUCUUUUAAAGAUCGUCUACUUUAUUUCCCUACCAUAAGUAAUCGAUUAAUGCUGACAAAUCCUACCAGACGUCCAUUUUACUCUAAUUCCAACAAUUCAGAUGAGAUUGAAAAAUAUGCUAGUACUAAUGUAAUUGAUGCUAAGUUUUCACUGACAAAAAAAGAAUUGAAAUUUGCUCUACCUGAAUUUUUAAUACCUAUUAUAGAUCGUCGAACAUCAUCACAAAUGGUCAAUGUGAGACAAAUAUCACAAUCAACAUUAAAUUUGGAAAACAAAUUGUUGAAAAGACGAAAAACUAUUAAAGAACGUUUUAAACAAUUACAUAGUGAUUAUGAUGGUAGAAAAUUUUGGAGUAAAUUUAAUCAAAAUUUAAAAAUGAAUGAACUUAAAAUUUUAUCCAAUACUAGAUCAAGAUCAAGUAUGGCUAUUUCCAUGGAUUGUGCACAUCAUAAAGAUUCUGUUUCACGAUUCAGUAAUACAUCAUGUGAUGACUGUCGAAGAAUUACCAUUAAUGUAAGUGGUUUGAAAUUCGAAACAUGGCUAACUGUACUUGAACGUCAUCCAACUACAUUAUUAGGUGAUUACAACAAACGUAAACCAUUCUAUGAUGGACAUCGUAAAGAGUAUUUUUUCGACAGACAUAGACCUAGUUUUGAAGCAAUAUUUAAUUAUUAUCAAUAUGGUGGUCGAUUGAAACGACCAGCUACAGUAUCUGAUGAUGUCUUUCUUACUGAAUUAGAAUUUUUUCAAAUAGAAUCUGAAGCAUUAGAUGUAUAUAAAAAAAAUGAAGGUUAUGUACCGGAUAUUAUUGUUCUACCGGAAAAUUUAAUGAAACGAAAAUUGUGGAUGUUGUUUGAAUAUCCAGAGACAUCUAUACUAGCAUUUACUUUUUCAAUGGCAUCAUUUAUUUUUACUGUAAUUUCUAUUAUAUUAUUUUGUAUUGAAACUUUACCAGUUUAUGCUCAAACACAUUGUGAACCUGGAGCUAAACCAAAUUUUCGUGAUCCAUUUUUUAUUAUUGAAACUUUAUGCACCUUUUGGUUUACUAUAGAACUUUUUAUACGUUUUAUUAGUUGUCCAAGUCAAAAAAUAUUUAUUAAAGAUUUUAAAAAUUUAAUUGAUUUAGCUGCAAUUGUACCAUAUUAUAUUACAUUGUUCAAUGUUUUAAUCACGUUCAGUUGUGAGGGUGCAAAAAAUAGUGCUAGUUUAGCAUUUCUACGCGUUAUACGUUUAAUUAGAGUAUUUAAAUUAACAAAACAUUCAUCUGGUCUACAAGUGCUUGUAUUAACUUUUAAAGAGAGUAUUGAAGGAUUAAGUUUAUUUCUGGUUGCUUUUAUUGUUUGUAUAUUGGUAUUUUCUAGUACAAUUUAUUAUGUAGAAAUUGAUAGAAAAGGUUCACAAAUUGAAAGUAUACCAGACGCAUUUUGGUGGGCUGUAAUUACAAUGUGUACAGUUGGUUAUGGUGAUAAAGUACCAAAAGGACCAUUAGGCAAAGUAGUUGGCAGUGUAUGUGCUGUAGCUGGUGUAUUAACCUUAGCUAUACCAGUACCGAUUAUAACAGAAAAUUUUAAUAAAUUUUAUGCUCAUAAAACCGGUCGUGGCAGAAGAUAAAAUUAAUUCAGCAUAAUCUUUUCAUAAGUGUGUUUUAUGCACACACAUGUGUAUCAUUCAUACAUUUUUUAUUCAC